AUGGUUGCCUCAAUCCGCAAGUACAAGGCCGCAGCGGUCAAUGCCGAGCCUGGCUGGCUCAACCUCGAGCUCUCAGUUCAGAAGACGAUUCAUUGGAUUAACGAAGCUGGAAAGGCCGGGUGCAAGCUCAUUGCCUUCCCGGAGCUUUGGAUUCCGGGCUACCCAUACUGGAUGUGGAGAGUCUCGUACCAGGAGAGCCUUCCACUUUUGAAAAAGUACCGCGAGAACAGCUUGGAGUCAGGCUCUCCUGAGAUGCAACGCAUCCGUGAAGCAGCCAAGAAGAACUCAGUCUUCGUCUCGCUUGGAUACUCUGAGCUUGACUUGAACAGCCUGUACAUCAGCCAGGUGAUGAUUGAUCCGACUGGCAAUGUCAUCAAUCAUCGUCGCAAGAUUCGUGCUACUCAUGUCGAACGUCUCGUGUUUGGUGACGGUACAGGCGACACUACCUCGAUGGUGGUCGAUACCUCGAUCGGCCGUAUCGGCCACUUGAACUGCUGGGAGAACAUGAAUCCCUUCCUCAAGGCAUAUGCCGUCUCGCUCGGCGAGCAGGUCCACGUUGCCGCUUGGCCUCUCUAUCCACACGCUACCACUCUCAAACACCCAGACCCAUACACUAACAUCAGCGACGCCAAUUCCGACAUCGUCACUCCAGCCUACGCCAUCGAGACCGGCAGCUUCACUCUCGCCCCAUUUCAAAUGAUAUCAGCCGAAGGCGUCAAGCUGCAAAAUCCAGCAGGCAAGACGCCAGAAGACAACCACAUCUACAACGGCAAUACUCGUAUCUAUGGCCCAGAUGGUCAGAGCCUGAUCGAGCGUCCCACUGAGGACUUCGAGGGUCUGGUGGUAGUCGACAUUGAUCUCGAUGAGACGCAUCUCAGCAAGGCGCUGAAUGACUUUGGUGGUCAUUACAUGCGACCUGACCUGAUUCGACUUGUCGUUGACACCGACCGCAAGAACUCUGUGAGCCGCGUCAAUGGCUCUGGAACUCAUGAAAUCAUCUCCACGAUGGAGAGAGUCGGCUUGAACAAGCCGUUGGAGUCUCUGGAUACUGAGAAGGAAGACAAUGGCGUACUAGUCUAGACCAGCGAUUCCCUCCUUUUCAGGCUACAUACCUCUCUACUCAAGAGUUUUUCGACAUC